GUUUAGCUAAGUGGGUCAUGCAUUUCUCAUAAGCCAAACAAAUCUGUCGAAUUCGUCCACAGAUGAGAGGUUUCAUUUGUAUGAAUAUGUGACAACAAGUUCUUCCUUUUCUGACAAAAUCUUCAAGAUGGAGAAACAAUAUUCAGUUGAGUUCUUUAUGAAUUUUGUGGAAAACAUUCAGAAUCUAUGCCACAACUAUCUUGAGUUUAACCAGAAUGUAGAGGUGAGUGGCUAUGUCUGUGUGGAUAUUGAUAACAUGAAGAAGGAGAGAUAUGUUCUCAGUGAGAUAGUCCAGAUGGGCAGCAACUCUAUUAGUGAAAGUUACUGUACUAAAGUCUUCAAAACAAGUCCUACAGGCACUGUACAGAGGAGUGGAUUUCGGGACAUCACAAACGCUAGAACCCCAAAUGUAGCCCCAAGUUCAGGGGAAGUUAAUGUGCCAGGACAUUCGUAUUCCUUACAAAGAGUGAGGACAGGUCACCAGAGGAAAGGCGAAACAUCACAUACGUUAUCUUUGAACAGGACUAUCUCACCAAGAUCUCAAACAAAAACAGCUAUUGACCAAAAUUACAGUGAUUAUCAAAGUCAUAGCUCCAUUUCAAAUAGUAACAGUACUUUUGGUAACCCCAGUGCAAGAGGAAUUCAAGGGCAUGAACCUGGCUCUGGGGAGUCACAGAUAAGGGCAAAGCCAAGAGCAUUGACUCCAAAAGUAUGUAGAACUUCAACAGUGCCUGAAAGUUCUGUACUAAAAAGACGAUGUGAACGCUCCCCGCCAUCAGACAGUGCUGAUGAUGCAGAUGUGAUAGUUGUGAAGCAGGAGCCGGGUGACGAGGAGCAGGAGGAGUCAGGUGAUCAGCCUCCCGUCAAGCGACGGAGCGAGACCUUCCGUCUACCUUCAUCACUAACAGGAGCUGACCAAGCAUUUGUUCCUAGUCCAAUCAUCAACCAGCCUCACCCAGCACCCAGCUCAAGCAACACUGAUGCAGAGGAUAAGAGUUAUCUCCCUUCCUUCAGCAAGGCAUCAAGACAUUCAUGUGAUGAUGACACAAAACCUGUUUUGUCCAGUGAGGAGAUAAAGAACUUGGAAGAGUAUGAAGUAGAGCUUGUUCAAUCGGAUGGGGAGGAGGAGAGCUUGGACCUGACUUUCCAAGUCCCAAAUACAGGGGGAGCAUCACAAUCCAGUGUUACUGGAGCACAAGACUCAGGGGCUGACAGAAUGGUGGUCCAAGGUCGGCCUGGGAUCUACACACCGGAACAGGCACUAGCCUUGCAGUUGGUGGAGCUGAACCCAGGCUCCAAUGUCUACGUAAGUCACGUCCAGAUGACCAUAGCAGAAAGGAAGGUGAAGGUUGAGGUCAGAUAUGGACAGCCUUUCCGCAAUGCUUGCCCGUCUGCUCGCUACCUGCUUGGACUGUUCUACACGCGACAAGAAUUGGCCAACAGUUCACUGUCGGACACUCAGUAUAGUAAAUUUCGCGGCUUGGAUCAAACAGUCGUUGAUGCCAUCACAGGCUUUUGUUUGAGUAGAAGUGAAUGUCCAAAAGCUGAAAUUCGAGGGGUUUUAACACGGUCAAUAACUAGUGCUAGAUGUCAGCUCAAACAAAAGAUGAUUGCAAGUUUGCAGAGGGACCCCUCCGUACAGUCUGCCUGGACAUUCUGAAAGGAUUCUGUCUACUUAACAGAUACCAGCCACUGGAGGAUGUGAAGAAUGCCUUGUGAUUGUGCUUUUCAUCAUCAUAGAGGAUGUGCUUUGUCUUCUGAGACCUCGCUCUUAGGAACAAACAAUGUGCUACCUUCAUGGACCAUCACAGACAAACAAUGAGCAACCUUCAUGGACCAUCACAGAAAACACAUGAUGUAAGUUGUCAUGGACCAUCACAGA